GGCUGUUUUUUGGCGCCACCAGUAGUACUUCUUGAGCCUUGCUGGAAGGUGGAUGCACGCUUAUCCACACCUUCAUUGUACACAAAACUGCACAACCACGGGUGUCUUUCGGUGGACUCUUGUAUCUCUCUGUGUGUCCAAAGGUGUCUUCCGUGCGAAAAGUGAUCGAGGUGUGCCACACGAGGCGCGUGAACGGUGGACAAGACGAGUUUACGGAACGUGAAAAUGAGCGAGAGAAUGGAAAGUGACGAGUCCCGUUAAACAGCUUCUUCAUUUUGUUUUAUGUCUCCUGUGUGUUUGUGUCGGCUGCAAAAUCUCACCGUGUGAGCUGAAGAAGGGCAUAGAAAAAAUGCACCUGUUGGGGCUCGUUCUACUCGCGCUUGCGGCGGAGGGGGGUAGGCCGCCGCCGCAGGUUAACAUCCGGAAGUGUUGCCGGUUAGGGGAGCAUCUGGAGAGGACGCAGAAGUGCGCCGCUGGGGCGUCACUGAAGUGGGUGCCCAUGGUGUGGCUGUUGGCGCGAAAUCAAGCCCACCAGCCGGUCGGUGAGGCGCCUCGUCACUUCCGGAUCAUCGAGAACGCCCGCCCAGACACCUGCACGGAACCUGAAUUUAUCUACGGGGAAAACAAGCUGGUGAUCUUCUCCAAUGGCUCUUUGUUUCUCGACGAGCGCAAUCUCGUAGUUUCCGUGGAGGCGUUCUGUGUGGAGCGGGACUCGGCCCUGGUGUGUCUUCCUGAACAAUAUCGCUCCGUCCAUCAUCAGGCCUAUCAGCCUCAUCCUCCCGUAGCGGCGCGCAAGUGUUGUGGCCCCAACGGUGCUUGGAGUCAGAUCAGCAACACUUGCGUCUUUCUGAACAACACUAAUAUCCUUCAGAACUUCCCUUUUGCCAACUCCAGUCGCGUGGAGCUGCGAUAUGGCUUUCCUGAGUGCAGGAAUAACAACUUUGCUAUCGCCGAUCGCUUUCGACAGGAGAACUUCAUGGAGAACACCGGAGAGCUCGUCCUGGAGUCUGGGAAGCAGUUCCACGCCAGUGAAUUCUGCCUAGAGCACACAAUCGACGAGCUAAACUCGUACGUGAGCGUGUUUACCUGCUCGGAGCACUUUAACCAGCCGAAAACAGCACCAGCGCCCAAUAAUGAUAUAAGAUUCGCACUGUAUUCAGCGGGACUCUUCAUCUCGGUUGUGUUCCUGCUGGCGACUCUGGUGGCCAGCUUCCUGGUGCCAUCGAAUCACCAUGUUCUGCACUGGCGCUGUCAGACUCACUAUGUGGCCUGUCUGCUGGUUGGUGAUCUCCUCUUGGCAAUCACACAGAUUUCUGGAAAUUCAAUAAUUGGUCCGGCCUGCACAAUCAUUGCCAUUUCGAUGCAUUUCUUCUUCUUGGCGGCCUUCUUCUGGCUCAACACAAUGUGCUUCAAUAUUUGGUGGACUUUUCGUGACUUCCGUCCCACGACUCUUGAGAGGAGCCAAGAAUUGUGUCGAUUGCGUCUCUAUGAAGUGUACGCUUGGGGUGUACCUCUGCUCUUCUCCGGAGUUGCAGCAAUUCUUGACAAUUUGCCAGAUAGUACAGACGAGUCAUUUCUCCGGCCACGAUUCGGCGAGGCGAGAUGCUGGUUCUAUGGUGACGUGGAGAUUUUGACAUACUUCUUCGGUCCAAUAGGUGUUUUACUUUUUGUCAAUAUCAUUCUUUUCGCAUCCACGGCCCGCCAAUUGACGUGUGGAUUAUGGAAGAGAGACGAUGUGAAGUCCACAACAGAGCGAGCUGCUCUGGGGCGAGUUUGCCUGAAAUUGGUGGUCGUCAUGGGAGUAACGUGGAUAGCGGAUGUGAUUUCGUGGGCUGUCGGCGGUCCCAAUUAUCUAUGGUACGUGACAGACUUCAUAAAUGCCCUCCAAGGUGUCUUCAUCUUCAUCGUGGUUGGAUGUCAGCCUCAGGUCUGGGCGGCUGUGAAGAGGAUCUGCGGCUCAAAAUCCAAUCGCAGCGUGAUGAAUACCACAAAUGGCCCUCAACACUCGAGUUCAUCGCAUGGAUUGCCAUCGAUGGGGGACACAAUAACGAACAACACUUUUACCAACAAUACGAGCUCGAAAGUCCCAAUGGAGACUGUGUGCUAAAGUGCGAGAACGGACUUUUUUCACUGCGUGGAUCUGCGAUUUAACACUAAUUCCUCACCAUAAUUUUGCUGCGAUUUUUAUUUAAUCGGAAAAAAAUGGAGCAAGUUUAGAGAUGUUUUUGAAGAACAGUGAUGCAUGGACAAGUUUUCUUAUUUAUAUUAAUGUGAAACAUUCGUUAAUUCUUUUUCACACACGCAACGAGAGAGUAUUUUAUGUCAUUAUUUCUGUGAACUAUGUUUUUUUUUUCUUCUUUAGAGUGAGCGAAGAGAAAUUAGUGAGCCAAAGUUUAAUUUAUCUUAGGAGAAAAAGAUAGGAUAACAGUAGGAUUUACGAGACAAUAAAGUUUAAUAAUUCGUAUUAAUACAACCUGCUCUGUAUUAACUGUAGGAAUUUACUAGAUAUGCAAUAAUAUAUGUAUCGCAAUAAGGUUGAAUUGAUAAGCGACUGAGUAUCAAUUCAACAGUUUUCUUCUUGUUCUAUCAAAAAAGGGGAAAUGUUAAGUAAGAAAUUUUUCAUUGUACAAAAAAGAAGGAGAAGUCAAAAAGAACGAAAUAUCUUGUUUUUGCAAAGUUACUUGUAGCAUUUUGUUUCCUCGUUAUAAUGUGUCGAAGGAAGUGAGAAAAGAGAGACGCCUCUUGCCUUACGUAUUUAAGAAAUUGGAGUGGAUAUUUUUGAAAUUUUUGAUAACGUGUCUUUUUGCGGAGAAUGUGUUGAAGACUGAUUUUUCUCCCCACAUAAAGGAAUCACUCAUAAACGCAUAAUCAUUGACAUUACUUAUCGCACAUUAAUCAUUAUAUAUAUUUCAUAACAUACAUGCGACAAAUAUCACUAAAAUGUAAGGAUUUUUCACGAUAUCGCCAGCAAGAGAAAUUUUAAUACAGGCAGACAGUCUUUUUGUACCCGAAAAAUCUCCCUGGAGCUGUCCGGUUACCUGUAAGAGUAUUAUGUACUCAUGCACUGCGGGAAAUGGAAAAGAGAAGUUCGCAGGAGUUUUUCUGUCUAAUAAACUAAUACAGACGAAAGUGUGUUUCUUUUAAAAAU